UCGCGUUUCCUGUCGGCGCCAUGUUUUCGGCUCUUGAUGUCCGGCGGUAGUGAGCCGUCUGUCGUCGCUGUACUGUCUCUGAUCACACAGCUCUCCUGACGUUAGCGUUUCAGCACCUUCUGUUCUUACCCACGUUUGCCUGUUUAACACGCUCCAUUUGAUUUCAGAAGAGCACUGGACAACUUGAGAGAAAAGGGAAUCAUCAUCUUUUGGGAUGUUUGUGAGGCUGGCCGUGGUUCCGACAUAAGGCUGCGGUGAGCGGCACUGUCAUGUUACCAGGAGUCGGCGUGUUUGGCACAGGGAGCACAGCCCGGGUGCUGGUUCCAUUGUUGAAAGCUGAAGGUUUUGAGGUUCAGGCACUCUGGGGCCGAAGCGAAGAGGAAGCAGGCUGCUUGGCAAAGGAAUUGGGCAUCCCAUUUCACACCAGCCGAUCUGAUGACGUGCUGCUGCACCAAGAUGUUGACCUUGUUUGCAUCUAUAUUCCACCCUCAAUGACACGGGAGAUAGCUGUGAAAGCACUGGGGAUCGGUAAGAAUGUUGUCUGUGAGAAAGCUGCAACUGCUGUGGAUUCCUUCAACAUGGUGAAUGCAGCUAGGUACUACCCCCAGCUGCUCAGCAUUAUGGGCAACUCCUUGCGUUUCCUACCAGCUUAUGUUGCAAUGCACCAGCUGCUGAUGGAGGGGUAUGUUGGUGAAGUUCAGGUGUGUGAUGUCAGAGUCUACGGUCCCAGUCUCCUCGACCAGUCAUAUGGCUGGACAUGUGAGGAUCUGAUGGGGGGAGGCGGGCUGCACACAGUUGGGUCUUCCAUUAUUGAUCUUUUAAGUUAUCUAACUGGGGCACGAGCCCAUCGUGUACAUGGCUUAUUACGGACUUUUGUGCAACAAAACGGAUUAAUCCGUGGCAUUCGUCGCGUCACCAGUGAUGAUUUUUGUUUCUUUCAAAUGCUGAUGGGAGGAACUAGGCGCAGUUCUGGUGUUGUGUGCUGCACCGUGACCUUAAACUUCAAUAUGCCUGGGUCAUUUGUUCAUGAGAUUAUGGUAGUUGGGUCAACUGGGAGGUUGGUUGCCCGGGGAACAGAACUGUAUGGUCAACGCAAUGGGAGUAAUGGUGAAGAACUUUUGCUUGGGGACAAUGGGUGGGCUGGACCUGAGGUGCCUGAGAUGCCCCUACCUCAUCUUCAGGGUCUCAGUGCUAUGGUAAAGGCACUGAGGCAGUCUUUUCAGGCUCACGAGGAGCGCAGGUCAUGGGCCCAUGGACCAGUUGCCAUAGCACCCACAUUUGAAGAUGGACUAUAUGUGCAGACAGUAGUAGAGGCAGUUAAACAGUCCAGCUGUAGUGGAGAAUGGGUGUGUGUGGAAAUUUUGAGUCAGGAACCAGAUCCAAACCACAACCUGUGUGAGGCUCUGCAGAGAAAUAAGCAUUAAAUGUACAGUGCCCUCCAAAAGUAUUGGGCCCCUUGGUAUUUCACUCAUUUUAAUUUGUUUGUCAUUUCAAAUACAAAAAGCAAAUCAG